CUGGCGAACAUCGUGAGAGAGUGAUAGACGGAUUAUCAUCGGAUAUUUCCUGAAAUAAGAUACGCGAAUCGCGAUCGAUAUGAUUUCUAGUGAUCAGUGAAACUGGGAAUGUUGAUGUGAAUAACCAGUGAAUUCCGAGUGUGAAGGGAACUCACGUCCGUUGAGCCACGACACCUAAUAAUAGCCGAGUGAGAAUAAAAAAAGCCGAAGAGGAAUUGAUAUAAAUACCGAAUUCCACUCGAGAAAUUCUGGUGUAAAAAAAAUGUAUAUUAAUCCCCCGGUGACUCAAGGAAGAAACUAGUGGGGGCAAUAAGUCUUUUAUAAUCGGAUGAGAGAGCGGGUAAUGGAAGACAAUUAAGAAGUGAAAGAUAACUUGAGUCCGGUGUAUUAACCAAGAGGGCUUAGUGAAUAAUUGGAGAAGUGAGGAUAACGUAAUUCAAUAUAUAUCCCUGGUUAGUGUUCCUAGGGUUAAAAAAGCGAGCUUUAAAAACCCGAGUGGUGUAAAAGUCUAAAAAUAAUAAUCAGCAAACGAGGCUGCGGCACUUGCCGCAUCAGCAUUUACCAAUAAUUCAACUGUCGAUGUUUUUUAUCACCAUCUUAAUGUAGUUGAACAUCCAUACGUGAAAAUUAUUGACUUGUGACGCUGAUCCAAGUGAUAGUGAAUGUGACGAUUUGAAUUUUCAAUGAUGACGAUGACUUGCUGAGUUUGCAGUUGUCUGCUAGCAGUUGAUUGAUACCACUAGCCGGCCGAAAGGACAACAAAAUCAUUCGGAAGUGUCUCAAAUACGUGAUAACAAAGGGUGUAAGUGAUAAACGUGUUGUUAACAGUGGAGGGUGGAGGUAACGGUGUCCCAGGGGGCGUAGUGGGCCCCGAUGAGGUGAUGAUGGGCUAUAGUGCCACAGGGGCCAGUGGCGCUAUGGGUCCGUCAGCGGGUGCUGAUGUACUUGGCUCAACCGGUGAUUACAGCCCCCAAGGUACACCAAAUUCCCUAGGUGGUCACAAUACAGGCCCAGUUGAUGCAGCAGCAUACACAACAAGUGCUACUGGACCAACAACCUACAGCCCCCAAGACAGCCCAGCCAGUUCAGUUGGUGGUGGCAAUAGCAAUGGACAAUUACCGAGCUUUGGUUUCACUCAAGAGCAAGUUGCAUGCGUCUGCGAGGCGAUGGUGUCGUCUGUCCAGGUACUCCAGCAGGCUGGUUCUGUUGAGCGUCUCGGCAGAUUUCUCUGGUCACUGCCGCAGUGCGCCAGACUCCAGCGUCACGAGAGUGUUCUCAAGGCCAAAGCAAUAGUGGCAUUUCACCGUUGCAAUUUUAAACAGCUUUACCAGAUUCUAGAGAGCAAUACAUUCAGUCCACACAAUCAUCCCAAGCUCCAGGCACUGUGGCUCAAGGCGCAUUACAUCGAGGCGGAGAGACUCCGGGGUAGAGCACUUGGUGCCGUCGGAAAGUACCGGGUGAGACGCAAAUUUCCACUGCCCCGAACAAUUUGGGACGGCGAGGAAACCUCUUACUGCUUCAAGGAGAAGUCCCGAAGUGUCUUGAGGGAGUGGUACACGACGAAUCCAUAUCCGUCGCCCCGGGAGAAGCGAGAACUCGCAGAAAGCACGGGCCUCACGACAACACAAGUCAGCAAUUGGUUCAAGAACAGAAGACAACGGGACAGGGCUGCUGAGCAGAGUGGUCAACGGGAGGGAAAAGAGCAAGGAGCUAAUCUCUGUGACUCUAGUAGCGAGAGUGGAGACGACACGAAGCGACAAUCUGUCAACCAACAGCCACCACCUCAGCCCUCAUCGUGUGCUGUACAACAGCAGCAGUCGCAGUCUCAACAAGGGCGAAUGGUUGACCACCAGCAAUCCCCGAGUAUGUAUCAGCUACCGGCACCGGUGACAGUGUCAUCGCCCCACUCGUAUCACCAGAGUCACGGUCACACACCGACACACCAUAUGCACCACGACACGAGCAGUGAGAGUGGCGAUGACAAGAGGAAUCUUCAUCAUCAGUUGCAGCAUCAUCUUCAAACUACUGGACACAGUGGUCACAGUUUGAUACAUCCGACUGCUACGUUACCACCACCACCACCGAGUUGUGCACAGCAAAAGAGCCAGCUGGAUUAUAUGCAGUACUAUACGCCACAGGAUUACCUGAUCGGCACCCCAACAUCAGCGGACAUUCAAAAAUCCCUCCCCCACACAGCGACAUCAAUGCAAAUGGGUGCAAUAGCACCAACAAUGGGCGGUCUCAGCCCAAUGGGACCAUCGACAAUGCUACCAAAUACAAUGCAGAGUGUCAACAGUAUGAACACAAUGUCAAUGAAUGUUGGUAUGGGUAUGGGGGCAUAUCAAGGUAUGGGCUCAAUGGGCAUGACAACACCCCACGCUGGUUACCACAGUGGCUUAGUACUCGGUGAUUAUCAUUCGUUGUGACCCUGGGCUCCGAGUACACCAGGAAAACGUAAUCAGGAAAAGACUUAGUUGGCUUUGCGUUUAAUUUUCAAUACCAAAAAUUCUAAAUCAGACAAAAUCUAACAUAUAAUUGGGAGAUUAACUUUUGGAAGAGACAUUCAGCAUUUCCGUUACUGAAAAUAUUCUAGAUGAUAGCAUCUCAGGAAUUUUCAUGGGCUACAAGAAAUGUAAAUGUCAAAGGCCACUAUUUUUAACGACUCAUUCAUCCUCAUUUCGCCCACUGCUUGUCUUUUAUUUUAUGUAAAUAUGUAGAUACUAGGGGUAAAUCAUCAUUUUGUUGGUUAGAUCGGAAGUGAAGAAUGCGAGAAGACACGUUUUUCCCCCCCUCUCUAGCUCAGCACAAGCGUCCGUGCAUAGUGAAAAGUGCAUAUAUAAAGGUUAAUAAUCGUAGUAAUUAUUGAUUUAAUCUGUAAAUAGUUGAGUAUACUCGUAAAUCCGUUUAAUUGUGAUUAUUACACGGACGAUGAGGUUAAAACAGAUGAUAAGGGGUCCGAGGGACGAAACAGGGUAGACCAUAUACGAUUGGCCAAUCCAUUUCAUUGAUUAAAAGUAUUCAAUUUAUAAAAAAAAAAUAAUAAUGCCUGAAUUACAAUUUUGCCUUUUUGUUUCGAUUCACGCACAAACACUUAUUUCCUAACGUUAAAAUUACACACAACAUUCCGAUGGGAUAUCCGAUAUAUCGAGAGUCGAAACAAAGAGUUUUUAUCUCCUUCUACUGAAAAAAGUGUAACAAAAACAUUAGAAUGUAAUUUUUUUUUCGACAAUUUUUCUGGUUCAAUUUGUCGCACAAAAACGUUUAACGAGCCAAAUUUCAACUGAUGAUUUUAGAAAAACUAUUCUGUCUUUGCAUAAACGACUGAGAUGAUUUCAUUGUAACGAAGGAGAGUGUUCUCAAUUCAAAACAAACUAGCGGACAAAAAAAACAGUUUAAGCACAAGUUUUAACGACGAUUAUUGCUGAAUGAUGAUGUAAUGAUUGAGCUAUA